UGCUGAGAGUUGAGUGAGAAAGACAUUGACGAAGACAAAAUAAUCAUGCUGUUCACUUCUGUGUUAUUCCUGAUUGUAUUUCUGCUCGCCAACUCGAAAUAUACACUCGCAUUAGUCCCGAAACCGUCACAUUACAACAGGAGUUCGACAGCCUGUUAUUUACAGCGUCCACUCAACUACCAGAAUGACUACCCAGCAUGCUUUGUACUCACAGACUAUCUGAAGAGAUUUCAACGUCGACUAGCACUGCAACAUCCGCGAAUCUCUCAGCAACAUGAGAUAAAAUGCAACAUAAGCGAAUUGAAAAUCAAAAUAGACGAUGGAUGUGACGAAAGUAAAAAUAAAUUAUGGCCAAAUGUUUCCAUAGAUGAAUCAUACUAUAUAACCAUAAGAGAUACUGAAAUAAACAUACUUUCCAUGGAAGUUUGGGGUGUAAUACAUGCGCUUGAAACAAUACUUCAGUUGGUAUACAAGGGUAAAUUUGGAGGAAAUGUGGUAUUUCAAGGUGAUAUAAUAGAUGAACCAGAAUUCUCACACCGUGGAUUGUUGAUAGAUACUGCGAGGAACUUCAUGUCAGUUGAAAUCCUACGGAAAAUGAUAGAUAUCAUGGCUAUUGUUAAAAUGAAUGUCCUUCAUUGGCAUAUCACAGAUGACCAAUCUUUUCCCUUUGUCUCAACCACCUAUCCAGAACUGUCAGACAAGGGUGCAUAUCAUCCACAAAAGUGUACAUAUGACGAAGAAGAAGUAUCUGAUUUAUUGGAAUACGCCCGUCUCCGUGGAGUCCGGAUCAUUCCAGAAUUUGAUACUCCAGCACAUAUGUUGUCAUGGGGAACAGCAUAUCCAGACAUACUGACAAAAUGUUAUAAUGAUUCCAAGCCAAACGGGAAAUUCGGUCCACUGAAUCCAGCCAAUGAAUCCACGUAUGAGUUUUUGAAGCAAUUCUUCAAAGAAGUCAUUGGUAGAUUUCAUGACAGUUAUAUUCAUCUUGGCGGCAACGAGGUAGAUUAUGAAUGCUGGAAGUCGAAUCCGGAGAUAGUUGAAUUCAUGCAAAAAAUGGGGAUUAAUGAUGACUACUUUGAAUUAGAGAAAUAUCACUUUAUGAAAGUCAUACAAAUCGUCAAGAAUAUGACGACCGACCCUGACUAUCCAAUGACGCCUAUUGUCUAUCAGGAGAGUUUUGUCGAAGAAUGUGGAUAUGACCAAAGUACAAUAAUUCAUGUGUGGAAGAGUGAUAAUUGGAAGAAAUACACCUUCAAUGCUACUGAAGAUGGACACACGGUUAUAAUCUCUGGUAUUUGGAAUCUAAACGACUUACAACAUGACGAUGAUUGGAGUAGAUAUUUUGAACAAAAUAUCAGAGAUUUUGGAGGCACACUCACAGAAUCAAUAGAAGUCCUUGGUGGUGAGGCUGAAAUAUGGAGCACACAUGCGGAUGAGACCAAUGUGAUCUCACUGGCUUGGCCCAGAGGUGCCGCCGUGGCUGAACGACUCUGGUCGAAGCACACUGUAAAUGUUAGUGAAUUUGGAGAGAGAGUGGAAGAACUUCGAUGCAGGAUGCGCCAGAACAACGUACCAGUUCAUCCUCUCAGUGGUUCAGGUUUCUGUCAAUACUGAAUUUUGAAAAGACAGUCAAACUGAAAAAUGUGUGUCGUAAGAUUGUGAUUCACUUUUUUUGUACUGUUUUCUAUUGAGAAUUUAAAUUUGAAUUACUUCUAUCAUACAGUACAAUAUAUCAACUUUUGAA